AUGACUUCAGAAGAUAACAAUGAUUGCAAGCAUACAUGUUUCAUCUAUUUACCAGAUGUUUGGCUACCAUUUGAUAAAUGGCUUUGUUUACAUCCCAAAUAUCGGACCGUCUUUUAUCAAACAAUUGAGCAACUCUUUUAUGGUAACGGUCCAUUGGCCAUAUGCGAACGACAUUAUCUCGCAUUAAUGGCUGCAAGUAGGCAUGGUUGUCAUUUUUUGAUGAAUUUACAUGCACAAGAAUAUGAGCGUAACGGUGGAAAGCAUGAAUGGUUAAAAGGAUUAUCAUAUGCUUCAGAAAAAAUUCAAAAUCUUGAUGUCCUCAAUGCUGUCUUAGCUCAUCAACCGUGGUCAACUAACAUAGAUCAUUUGACCACGCUUACAAAAUGUUGUUCACCAACAAAUUGGUGUUUAUCAGAAUUGGUUCAGGCAUCAGUUGUACUGGCACAAACUCAUGUGUUAUGCUCUUUUGUUUUAGGAAAUGGUACUGUAUAUCCAAAUGGAUGUGCAAGUUCACACAUGGCGGUCGACGAUCAAAAGAGUGGUAAUAGUCAUGAGAUUGAAUUAUUACUGGAAUGUAUGGAUCAGUUAAAAAAAACAAAAUUAAAUGAUGUGAAACAACUAGGUGAACAAGAAAUGCAAAAAGAUUUCUUGGAAGUACAAGACGAUUGCAGUGGCAUUACAUCUACAACUUCGAGAGCAGAAGAAACUUCGUUACCAAAAAAUACGUCGAAAAAUAAUUGCAUGGAAAAAAAAUCGGUGCAAUCAUUAUAUACGUUUAAUAAUCGUUUCGGUUACAUUGAUUUCGUAAAAUGUGCUCGAGAAGGUCUAGCUCGAACUCAUAAAAUUCACGAGUUUUCAUGGGAAGAUCAAGGCUACAGUUGUGUUGAUGAAUUAUAUAAUGAGAUGGCUGAUAUUUUGGAUAAAAAAAUAACACUCAUUCAAAAUCUUACUUAUGCGACGAUGGGUGCCUAUAGUGACGUGGAUACAAGUAAAUAUCGUAAUGCGAUUUGGAUGUACGUACAGUCUUUAUAUG